AGUUGUUUUGUUUUGAUCUGUCAUUUUAGUGCGAGUCAAAAAAUAAAAAAGUUAUAUUUAAUAAAAAACAGAAGUUUAUUAUAAAAAACAGAGGUUGAUUAUAAAAAAAAAAUAAAUAAUGCAGGAUUUUGAGGCGAAGCGGAACGCCUUGUUCGCUUGUCUCGACAAUGCAAGCAAAGAGCUAACCGGAACAGCGCUAGACCAAAGCCAUUCGGCCAGCCCCGCAAUUGAUUUAGUUUAUCGCCGCGGCAUUUGUCCAAACAGAAAAAGAGGAGCUCCAUCUCCUGAUAAAAGCUUAUCUCGAAUGCGCGGCAAAGAGAGUAUAUUCAAGAAACACGAAAUGCCACUAUCAAAAUGUUUAAAGCCUCGCAGGACGCCAGAUUAUAAGGUUAAUCCACAAAAGUGGACAAAGUACUCCCUGGCAGAUGUGGAUAUCUCAGAUCACACCAACACUGCCGCAGCUUUUCAGUUCUUAAAGCAAAUGGACGAGCAGCUGGAAGCGCGGGCAGAAAAAGAGGGAAAUUUCGAGGAAGGCAAGUUAAAAAUCGAGUUUAAGAGGUCUAGUAAAAUAAGAAAACAAAUGAAAGCUAAAGAAGAUGAUGAACUAAAAGAUGUGGAGGUGGAUAAACCUAGACUAAAAGGUUCCAAGGUUGUGAUGCCAGAAUAUGUUGUUGGACAGCAAAGGGAAUCAAAGAAAAAGCAUAAAGUAGCUACGGAGAAUAAGGUACGUGCUGCUGGUACCUUAAAGCUUGAACAUCUACAAGAGGAAGAUGAAGAGCCAGAAGAAGAUUAAAGUUAUAAAUUUUGAAUUAUUAUUUAAAUACAAAAAUCUAAGUUGCAAAUACAUACUUUCUUUAGAUAUUAAGUGCACAUAUCGCACACCGUCUUCAAAAGAGUCACAACUCAAAAUAAUACGUUGGACAGAAAAUGCGAAAAACUAUUUCCUAGCACAAAAUAACAAAAAUUUGCUCCAGCUUUUGCUGAAAGGUAAAUAAAACCUCUGUGUACAUUUUUAGGGGAUAAUUUUAAAAAUGCCAAAUUUAGAGUUGUGACUCUUGAAGACUGUAUGCAACAUGGUGGACAUGUUUACAGUGUAGGCGCAUGAAAUCUGUAAUAUGAAAAAUCCAUCGUAUUUUUAGUAUGUAUGUACAUAUAUUGAUCGCAAUAAAAAAAUAGCUAUGGAUAAUCGAA